GUUACUUUAGAGGACAGAAAUAAAUUGGACAAGAUGACUGUAACAACAUCAGGAGAAAUUGUGGAACCUUCAAAUAAAAUAUUUUCACAGAAAGUUAUGGAAGAUAAGAAACUUCAUAACAAGAAUAAGUUAUUGACGAAUGAAAUAAUUAAAUCUAAUAAAAGGCAUUUGGAUUCUCAAAUCGUGGCUCAAAAGCCAAUAAUUUCAGUUGCCAGCGGAUGGAACAAUUUACAAAAUCUUGAGAAAGGUGCUGAAGAAUCCAACCAAAUGUAUGUAGAUUCAGAUUGCAAUGUUGAGAAACCAAUGUCAUAUUCUGCUAAUGAAUUUAAAAGAGCAAAAAAUGUAGAGCUAGAUACGCAAGAAGCAGACAAAAGAUAUGUUGAUUUGGAUUACAUUUCUCAGAGACCAAUGUCACAUUCUGUUAAUGAAUUUAAAAAAUCGCAAAAUGUGGAGCUAGAUACUCAGGAAUUUUUAAGAAAUUCUCAACAUUCAGACAAUAAUGGUGCCAUAACAGCUAACAAUAAUCAUUUUUCGUCAUACAUCUCAAAGCAAAAUUCUCCACGAGCAUUGAGUAAUUUUAUAAAUUCACAAAAUAAUAACUCAUCACAGUUUAACAGAAAUGUUGAGGAUAAUCGUGCAGCAAAAAAUGUGCAUUUACAAUUUGGAAAUAAAAACACCUGCCUCAAUAGUGCAGAAAAGUAUUCUUUCGAUGCUGAUGUUUAUCAAGAACGAGACGAAGAAACUUAUAUGAGAAGAAAUGACAAUAAUUGGAGACAAUCCAACAAUUAUCAAGGGGCUUUCAACAGUGGAAAUUCGCAAACUAGUAGCACCUUGUUGAGUUAUCGUCAAUCUUCUAAUAUUACUAACCAUCAAGGACUACUUAAUAAAGAAACAAAUGGAAAAUCCUUCGAAGUAUAUGAUAUGCAAGGGAAUGGCGAUCCGAGAACGGACAGUAUGAACUUUCGCGAUACUUAUCCGCCAUUAUCGACAAAAAAUUAUAACUCUACCUCAACAUACGAUAAUGAGAUGGAAACUCAAGUUUCUGCUGAUGAAGAUUCAUCUGAUUCCUCUUCAGAUGAUGAAAACGAGUGUUCAGAAGAAAUCGUCAAAAAAAUGGCUGUUUUAUUUCCAAUGAAAAUCACAAAAAAACAUGUUGAGAUUUCCAAGCUGUUCAUGGGUGCAAUAGAGUAUGCUUUUGAGCUAAGAACCAAAUCAAAGUGCAAUUUAAAAAAUAACUUUCAGAUCCCAAUUGAGUAUUUUCAACCUGGAGAUGACAGGGAGGAAGUAUCGCCUUCUUGUGGUUUUUAUUUAAGAAAAGAAGUUUUUAAUUAUAUAAAACUAAGUGCUCUAGAAUCCAACAAAUACAAUUCGAAAAUCAUUGUCAAAAAAACAUUAAUCGAAGUUUAUGGAGACAGUUUAAAAAACUACUCUGCGACUGGUGUACGUAGCAGUAGACCAGGGAUAGAUUGGAGAAUAUUUAAAAGUUUAUAUGAAUUGAUAAACAAAAUCGGCGAUGUACCAGUAUCAAUGAAAGCAUUAAAAGCUUUGAUAAAUAAAAACAUAUCUAAUAAAAGGAAACAUAAAGUCGGAAUAAAAAAAAACUCACUGCCAAUUAGAAAAAAACAAUUUAACAAGAAAAGCAACAAUUUCCAAGAUGCCGAUAAAAAUAAAAAGGAUGAACAAUUCCUAUCGAAUCAACAAUUUAUUCCUAACGGACUACCAGCUGCUGGUCCGCUUUCAGAAUCAUUUAUAUCUCAUGACGACGAUUUAACUGCGAAAUCUCCUAAACGUUACAUGCAAUUAUAGUUUAAUAAUAUUACUCAAGCAAAAAUUUUUGGCAAAUGCCAGCAUUUACAACAAGCGCAGCAUUGCACCAGUACUGGCUGGCUGACAGUUGACUCAC